ACAGACCACAUGCCCAACAUGACGCUCCGCUCUCUGGCCUGGCUCCUUGUCUUAACCCUAGGCUUCGCCAGUCAGCCUGCCUGGCUAGAAAAGCCCCCAAAGCGUAAGACACCUGGCCAGCUCAAGGCUGCUGCCUGCUGCGAGGAGGCCAGGGAGCUCAAGGCCCAGAUCGCCAAUCUGACCAGCCUGCUGGGGGUGCUGAGCAAAAAGCAGGAGAGCGACUGGGUCAACGUGGUCAUGCAGGUGAUGGAGCUGGAGAGCCACACCAAGCAGAUGGCCACUCGCCUCACCGAAGCCGAGAACAAGUUCUCCCAGCUGAAUAACCAGAUUGACAUGAUGCAGCUUCAGGCAGCCCAGACGGUCACGCAGACCUCAGCAGAUGCUGUCUAUGACUGUUCCUCACUCUACCAGAAGAAUUACCGCAUUUCCGGUGUGUAUAAGCUUCCCGCUGAUGAGUUCCUGGGAAGCCCUGAGCUUGAGGUAUUCUGCGAUAUGACAACUGCAGGUGGUGGCUGGACCAUAAUCCAGAGGCGGAAGAGUGGUCUCGUCUCUUUCCACCGUGACUGGAAGCAAUACAAAGUGGGCUUUGGCAACAUCCGUGGGGAUUUCUGGCUUGGGAAUGAAAACAUCUACCGGCUGUCCAGGCGCCCAACCACUCUGCGGAUUGAGAUGGAAGACUGGGAGGGUGACAUACGCUUUGCUGAGUACAGUCACUUUACCUUAAGUAAUGAGCUGAACAGUUAUCGAAUCUUUGUGGGGAACUACAGUGGUAAUGCAGGACGUGAUGCACUCCUCUAUCACAACAACACAGCCUUCAGCACCAAGGACAAGGACAAUGACAAGUGCUUGGACAAUUGUGUUCAACUCAGAAAAGGUGGAUACUGGUAUAAUUGCUGCACAGACUCCAACCUUAAUGGGAUUUAUUAUCGCCAUGGUGAGCACAACAAACACAUGGAUGGUAUCACCUGGUAUGGCUGGCAUGGCUCUAGCUACUCCCUCAGGAAGGUAGAGAUGAAGAUCCGCGCUGAAGACUUUGAACCCUAA